AUGCAAAUUGAUCAUUCCAAUCCAGGCGAGACAUUGGGUUCUUGUUCUCAAUCGGCUAAAUCUAAUCAACCUAUUGUUACAUCAUCUGGUGUAGAGCUGUUGAGUUUUCCCAGCACAAACACUCAGCAGAAUGAGCUUCCCAACGAGGCAUUUAUUGGGGCCCAGGACUUCUCUUUGCCCCCGGUUGACCAUGGCAAAGCUGCCUGGCUAUGUUUACUCGGUUCCUUUGUUCUAGAAAUGGCGGUUUGGGGUUUCCCCUUUUCAUUCGGUGUCUUACAAGACUACUAUACGUCAACUGAGCCAUUUUCUCACAACACCUCCGGCGUAUCUGUUGUAGGGUCAUGUUGCAUGGUCUGUAAACCUUGGAAACUAUGCUCUCAGAGAUCCACAACGCUGACGACUAACCAGGGUGUGCUUUAUCUUGCAUCGCCUAUCAGCCUGUUCAUUCUUCAACGAUGGCCGCACCUAUGUCGGAUGAGCAACUUAGCUGGACUGACUAUUUCCGUUGUCGGGCUCUUAUCAUCAUCUUUCGCUACACAAGUUUGGCAACUUAUCGUCACUCAGGGCAUCAUAUAUCCCAUCGGAGCAUGCAUGCUAUACUACCCCGUUCUAAUCUUUAUUGAUGAAUGGUUUGUUCAAAAGAAAGGUUUUGCAUAUGGAGUAUGCUGGGCUGGAAGUGGUGUGGCUGGCACAAUCUUCCCAUUCCUGAUACGCUGGGCACUCUCACGGUUUUCUUUCAAGGUCACCAUGUGGGCCUGGUGUGUGGGCAUGAUACUUCUCGUGUGCCCGUUUCUACCUUUUGUCAAACCACGAAUUCGAGUUGGUGCCGCUCAAGCACCAAGACCUCAACAGCUCGGCUUCAAGUUCCUCCGUUCACGACCAUUUAUUAUCUUCCAGCUUGGAAGCUUCCUUCAAAGUCUUGGUUAUUUUGCGCCUUCCCUCUACCUGCCAACUUAUUCACGAGUAGUUGCCAAUGGAAGCAGCUUCGGCUCUACAGCUCCUUUGACUUCUUUGAACGCCGGGACGAUAAUCGGAUUUAUACUCAUUGGUCAUUUCAUCGACCGUUGGCGCGUUGAGAAUGUGAUCUUUAUAAGUACUAUCUGCACUCUACUUGGGGUCUUUGUGAUAUGGGGUUUAUCAAUUUCACUGCCGCCGCUAUGUGUGUUUGCUCUUUUGUACGGCGUCUUCGCUGGUAGUUCUAGUGCUACCUGGCCCGGCAUUGUUCUGGCAGUCAGAAAAGCGGACGAUACGGCCCCAGUGGGAUUGGUAUUGGGUCUUUUCACAGCUUCCCGGGGGCUUGGCUCUAUAGCUUGUGGACCCAUUAGCUCGGCUUUGAUCGACUCGAAAUGGCCAUGGGCUGGCAACCCGUCGGGCAUGGGAUAUGGAACAAUUUUUGGCGGCCUGAUUGUUUUUACUGGGGUCACUGCUUCCUUCGGUACUCUAGGGUUUGUGGCAAAAAGAUCCGGGUUCCUUUAUUGA